UAGUGUGACGAAUAUUGUAUUACAUACCGAGAUAUUUAUAGAAUUGAUUCGGUUACAUUAGUUGGAACAUUACAUUUCAAGUUGUGUUGUAUAUUUUCUGGCUGACUAAAAGGAAACACUCAUAUAUUUUACCUGAAAACGUGGGCUUCCGGUUGGCGAGUACAUAAUGACAACGGUAACGGAAGUAGAUGCGAGCGGUGCGAGCAUGCGCUUAACGCUGGUGGACGGGGAUUACCGCUUGCCACCAUUUGAUCCAAACCCCAAGGACACGGAGGACAGGUUGAGGGCACUUCCAGAACUCAAAUGCCGCCCAGAUGAUGUCUUCCUGUUCACUUCCAUUAAAUCAGGCACCCAUUGGGUCUGGGAGAUUGUGUCAAUGUUGUACAACGGCCGAGCAGAGACGAUUCAGAAGAGUAAGGUGACUGGCAUGCUCGAGUUUCCUUCAGACAAGGAGGCAGAGGCAUCCCCACGCAUCUUUAAUACGCACCUUAAGCCGAAGUACCUGCCUAAAGUGAUCUUCCAGGAGAAAAGAAAAGCAGUACUGGUUCUCAGAAAUCCAAAGGACGUUGUCGUGUCGCACUAUUUCCACGUUAAAGGAAUUGCAUUCUUGAACUAUGGCGGAACAUUUGAGAAUUUCCUCAAAAUGUCAAUGGAAGGCAAAAGUGAAUUUAACGGUAUGCUAGGCUUUGUUGAGUAUGUACGUGAUUGGGACAAGAUCCUGGAAGAGAACAAGUAUCCUAUACACGUAAUCUACUAUGAGGAUAUUCAGGAGAAUGGCUUACAAGAGUUAAAGAAGCUUGCCGAAUUUCUUGAAGUACAGGCCUCAGACGAACUGUUGGAGGCUGUCAACAAAAAAUGUCAUUUUGACAACAUGAAGCUCGACAAGGCGGAUCUACAGGCUGUUCCCCUCAAAAAUGAUUUCUCUUUUUAUCGGAAAGGCAAGAUUGGCGACAGAAGAACAUGUUCACAGUGGCUCAGAAUGAGAUGUAUGAUGCCUUCUUAGCCGAGAAACUGGCUGGCUGUAAACUGAAGUUUCGCUAUGAAUACAAGAAAGACUAGAAUGUGAAAGCAUAAGUAAUGUGUAAUAUUAGAACAUGUCAGCAUGAUACAGUAUUCUACCUUCUAGUAUUUCACGUCGUUGUUCAUUUGAUUACUAAAGAAAUUUCAAAGCAAGAAUCUCAACUUGUUCUCGAGCUCCCGCCGGGAUAUAUACAUUUAAUUGUGCAUUUAGUCAAACUUCUAACUUAAAUCUGAUAUUAGAAACCAAAACAUAGUUUAUCAUGAUCAUCUUUUAAUAGAUUUUAAAAGGAGAUUAUUACAAAGUGUAUAGUGGGCUUAGCUUAGAUACAAAAUACAAGCACAUAUAUUUAAAUUCGGGUGUUUAAUAACAGAAAAACAUUAGCUCAAUGAGCUUUUUUGGACAUAAAAAACAAACAUACUGUAAUGCACCAGUCAAUUGUAACCACGCCCCUCCCCCCGGUCUUAGGGUUAACCGGGGAUAUUCGGGAAAAUGGGCCGUGUUUUAACCUUCCAGGUGACCUCGCAGUGCCGGGUGAAUGCGGUGGUUUUGUCUUCGUGCCAAAAAUAGCGGAGAAUGGGCCUUACCUAGGGUCCCAAGGGUGCGGGGUAUUUGGCGGGGAUUUUACCAUCAGUUCGUCUCGGAGAUUUUACCCGGGCUUAGAUGGACCGAAAGUCAAAGUCCCCGCUAUUCCCCGGACCUGGGGGGGGGGGCUUGGUUACAACUGACUGGUGAAUAAUGAGUCUGUCAUUACAAUUACAGGACAUAUUGAAUUUAAUAUUAAGAAAUUUCCUGUUGAUACCUUAGACACUUUUGGAGACAUGGGACUUUAGCAUGUUAACCUAACAUGUUUAAUCAUAAUAUAUAACAUUCAUGAUUCAAGUUAUUUUUCUAAACUUAUUAACCAUCAGCUGAUUCACAAUGAGAUAUUGAUUUGAAUACGGUAGAAGGUAGCAUCCCCACUUUACCAUAUUUUCAUUCUUUUUCAUAAUGGUAAUUCCUUAGAAUAUUCUUCCUCCAUUGUUAGAACUAUAAGUAAUGAACUUAUCUUUAAUUCAUAACUAUCUCAUAUAUCUUCCGUCAUUCUAACAGACCCACUUCAUAGAUGUUGUUUGUUUAAUUGUUUACAUUUUGUUUGUUACCCAAACUGUCAUGGCCACCUGCCACGAACUCAUCUUAAGACCUCCCGGGCGGUCAGCUACUGAUAGGUUGGCGCCCGAUCGGUCAGCCAGUGAUUGGUUGGCGUCCGAGCGGUCCUCUUCUCGUUAGAUGGGCGCUCUCCUGACAGGAGCCAUUGGCUAGUUAGGGGCUUGUGGUAUAUCUGGCCAUACUAUAUAAGAAGCGCAUUCGCCGCAUACUUACUGUGGCGACUCUAUGGUCUAAAGGUAACACACUUGACACUCAGUCCAGGGGUCGCAGGUUCAAUUUACCGUCGCAUCACUAAAAAAUCGUCUUCCGGGAGGGACGUUAAAUGGGGGUCACGUGUGACAGUGCUAUACAUUAUCGCACGUUACAACCAGGGUAUCUCUUACCAGGGUUACAUUCUGUCUGUGCACUAUAUAUGCUCCAAAAACCUCAAAUGACUAACAAUCUUAACGGAGCACUCGCCGAACGGACAAGGCCCAAGUGCGAGUAUAAAUAAGUUUACAUACACACAUCAGGUUACUUUCAACUUAUGGCAUAUAUAACGUAUAAAUUCUGAGCUCAGUGUGAGUCUGUCAAUUCGAGACUCCAGUCUCAAAAUGUCCCGGUAGUUCACUAUGCACAGUAAGUGGUGUGUUUUGAAUUUCUGUGAUUCUUAUUUUACUCGACUAGGUGUCAGUUAUUGUAUUUUCUGUUUUAUAGUGACAAUCAUUAAAUCCAAGUCCAGACGUGCCUCGUCCAAAUAUAUAAUCAACGUGUAUAUUCUAAACGCGAAUAUUAAAGUAUGUUUAAACUGUCA